CCUUGGCAAGGUGUGAGCUUCCAGGAUCUCUCCGCUGCGACUUCGGGUGUUAGCGUUUUCGGGCUCUUUCCGGAACCCAAGUUCCAGCACAGAAGGUCGGCCCCGCGGCCGGCCUCGGGGCCCCGCCCACUUUGGCCAGGGUCUGAGCCGCCCGGAGUGGGAGCCGGAGCCCGAGCGGCAGCGGCCCCUUUAAGGAGCCGCUCUGCGGUAACCCGAGCCCGCAGUCCAGGCGGGCGCGGCGGCCGCGGCGGUAGCUGGAGUCUCGGCGACUGCACCUCCAAGCGGCCCGGAGCCCGCGGCUUCCCUGGCUCCCGCCAGCAUCUCGCAGGGCGGCACUGGCCGGCGCCAGCCCUCGGGCCGGGCCGGAUGACCAGACGCCUGUAGCCACCCGCCGCCUCUCCCGGCUCCGCGCAGCCGCCGCCCGCGCGCCACUCGCCCCGGGACUCGGCACAGAGUCUUGCUUCGUCGCCCAGGCUGGAGUGCAGUGGCGUGAUCUCGGCUCACUGCAACCUCCAUCUUUUGGGUUCAAGUGAUUCUUGUGCCUCAGCGUCCCAAGUAGCUGGAACAACAGGUUGAAGAAAGAUGGAUGUCAACACGAAAUUGUUCAUCAGCAUUAUUUGUACCAGCUUUUUCACCUUUCAGCUUCUCUUCUACUUUGUAAGUUACUGGUUUUCAGCAAAAGUUUCUCCAGGUUUCAAUAGUCUCACCUUUGAAAAGAAGAUUGAAUGGAACUCAAGGGUAGUAUCCACAUGCCAUUCCUUGGUGGUUGGUAUUUUUGGCCUGUACAUUUUCUUAUUCGAUGAGGCUACUAAAGCUGAUCCACUUUGGGGUGAUCCAUCACUUGCAAACGUGAAUAUUGCUAUUGCUUCAGGCUACCUCAUUUCUGAUUUGUUCAUUAUAAUUUUGUAUUGGAAAGUGAUUGGUGACAAAUUUUUUGUAAUACAUCAUUGUGCAGCCCUGUAUGGAUACUACUUUAUACUGAAAGACGGAGUGCUGGCAUACGUUGGGAAUUUUCGCCUGCUUGCAGAGCUUUCCAGCCCGUUUGUGAAUCAGCGGUGGUUCUUUGAAGCUCUGAAGUAUCCCAAGUUUUCCAAAGCUAACGUUAUCAAUGGAAUACUCAUGACAGUAGUGUUCUUCACCGUGCGGAUUGCCUCAAUGCCUCCUCUUUACGGCUUCAUGUAUUCUGUGUAUGGAACAGAACCUUACAUAAGGCUUGGAUUUUUAAUCCAGUGUUCCUGGAUCAUUAGUUGUGCUGUUUUGGAUGUGAUGAAUGUCAUGUGGAUGAUCAAAAUUUCAAAAGGUUGCAUCAAAGUCAUCUCUCUCAUCAGACAAGAGAAGGCCAAAAAUAAUCUCCAGAAUGGAAAACUUGAUUAAAGGAGUGCUACUGAUAAGCAAACUUUGUUACUACCCAGCAUUAUAACUUCUGAUGGGAUGAAUUCUUGGCAUGUUCUUGUGUAUCUUUAUUAAUUAUAAUUGUUAUUCAGGAUUUCAAUGUCAUUUUUUAACCUUUAGAAAAGAGAAACUGAAAUUUACUUUUCAUCCUGAGACGUCUUUUCUGCCUUUCUUUUGCUUAAUUUAUAAGCAUGGAUAAAAAUCCUAAAGGCUUAAAUAAAAAUGAUAAAUACUGUGGUGAAUCUUUUGAGAAAUCUCUUAACCUGCAUUGGUAUUUUUCUCUGUGAAAGAUGACUAUGAUAAUCUGGUACAAUUGGUUUUAUGUCACCAAUUUUGCUGAAAGAAUGGGAACUGCUUUUAAAUCUGUAAAUAGCUCUUAAUAUUUGUUGUAUGUACUCUUUUCUUACUAUGGCUGCCAACACCUGUGUGGGGUUUAAUUUCUAUAAAUUGUUGGCAUGUUCUUCUCAGGCUAUUCAGAAGUAAUAACAUUUUUCAUUUCAGACAUGCAAUCACCUAUUAAUGAUGAAAUAUUUUACCACUUUGGGAAUAUUUAAUUAGUCAUGGAAAAUACUUCCCGCAUUUUAAGAGUUUUCAAAUAUCACUUUCUUAUUUUGAUUUUAGCAUUUUAUCAAAUUAUUGCUUUUUUCUUUUACAGUCAGGCUUAAGACAGAUUAUGAGACACCUCCUUAAGAGAUGAAUUUCUUUUUCUAAAAAUGCAUGUCAGUAGUGGAUUAUUUAGGCUAAUAGAAGGAAUCAUUAAGGAAAAAAGCUUUAACACUAUCCCUAUCUGCUUUCCUUGCACUUUUUUUGUGUGAAAAACCUUUUCUGUUUGUACAGUCUUCCCUGAGUUCUGAACCCAGCAUCAUCAGUACCAAAGUCUUAUGCAAUACAUAUUUAUUAUGCUCCUGAAAUAGGCCUCUUCUUGAUGAGACCCAAACUAUUACAAAAAAUCAGUAUUCAUAUUUUACUCACAAUUUACACCCGUGCUUGCUUAGUUGGCAUUUUAGUGCUUUGAAUUUCUAUCUUAAAGCACAGAGAAAAAUAAGGUAACUUAAUCCAAGUAUCCUAUCAUCAAAAUUAUUGUCUGAUUAUAUGAAGAUAAACGGCGACUCUCCUGUGUGUAUGUGUGUUGCCUUUACUUUGCAAUCCAAAUAUAGAAUUAUAUAUUUAUUAUUGCCUUUAUUUAUUUUUUAAGCACUUGACUUUAAUGAUUAUUCUUACCUGAGAAAGAAACUUAAUUCAACCAGUGAUGAAUACUUGAAAUUAAUUGAACUCAUACCAAAAGAUCUAAUCCAUUCAGUUUCUCAGUUUGAAGGAGAAUAUUUGACUCACUUUCAUUGUUCAUGCUAGCCGAAUAUAAUCAAGACUUUUGAUUUGAUUAUCCAAUCAAGAUAGAGCCUGAUAAGUUUUAAAAUGUUUAAAGAGGAUAAAAUCUCAGUCAAUAACUAAAUGAUUAAAUGAGAUUGAUUGGCUUAUACUAGGUACAUUUAUUUGUGAAGGAAUUAGUGUAAAAUAUAGUUAUUUUUAAAGCAGCUAAUAGUACACUGAUAAUUUGUUGCUAAAUUUAGUGCUGUCCACAUCAUAGGCGCUUAAAUAUGUACUGGUUAUCUAGAGGCGGGUAGGAAAGCAAGUGAUUUUAUCUUGUUCUUACCUUUUUGCGGGAAAAGUGGCUUUUAAAAAAAGGAUAAUACUUAUAUAAUAAAACUGUUUUGGAAAUCCAUUCUUUUAGCAAAAGACCUUGAGAUAAAUAUUUUUUGACUCUGGAUUUUUCUAUAGUUCCGAACAGAUUUUAAACCCACUAUCAAAAUGAAGACAAUAUAAAGCUAUAUUAGUGAGUCUCCAUGUAACAAUUUGUUUUUAUAGUUACUGUUUCAUGCUUAAAACUUUAUUCUUACUUUCAUUAACAUUACCCUUCACUGGUAUAACUACUCACAAAGUAAGUAUCUUUAAAAUAUCAAAAUUUUGAACCAAAGUUUGUGAUUCCCUUGUUCAGCAAUCCAUCUUAUGCUGCCUGCAUGACAGUUAAUUCAACAUCCAGAUUAAAUAUCCUAAAGUGGGUUCUAUAUAUUUCCUCAUACAACAGACAUGGAAUGGAAAUGCCACUACAAACUGCCCUGCUACUUUAAGUCUGACCUUUGCAAGAGGUACAGUUUGCUGUUCUAUGAUUGUAUUCACCUACCUAAAAUACAGAUGAAGACAGAACAUAUCAUUUACUAAACGAUGAAUUUUUCAUUUAUUAAAAACUUUUGCUAGACAUUUUAAAUAUUAAGUAUUUUGACUACACAGAUUAAUUUAAAUGAUUCAGGCUUUCUGAUAUUUAACAACUCUAUUAAAAUCUUUAUAGAAAAAUUAAAGCAAAUUGAUAUAAAUUUUUAAGCAAUUCUAUUUUUGUAGAAAAAAAUGACAACCUGUAAUUAUAAAGUUCUUUGAAUGUGUAGUAUCCUAGAAAAUAAAGCUCUCGUGAAACUUAAAAACAAAUGAAAACCAACUAAUAGCAUGCAAGAUCAUAGAUCCUGCAUUAAAUUUUUAUUUGUGAAAUGUUAAAAAUUAUGAGCUUUAGCUUAUAAAGUUUGCCUUCUUAUGUAUGUCUAAAGUCUUUUAAAGGAUUAUUUGCAUUUAUAUAAAACUUGGAGUUAUAUAUGAGUGCAAACAAAUUAACCUCUGCUCAAGUAUGUUUUGAUACCCUCUAGUAAGUUGAAUUAAAUUUUUAUCCCAACUGUUUUUUUGUUGUUGUUUCAUGGACUAGCCUUAUGUUAAGUGAAAUAAUAGUUAUGUUGUUACCACCCUUGAGAGUGACUCUGAUAUAUUAUGGAUGACCCAGGACUGUCUUAAAGGUCUAGUUUUAAAAACUGCCUAGUUUGUAAGUAUUUGAAUCCAGUUCUUUUUUGAAUUUUAAUAAUUUGACUCACAAUUUUUGCUACACGGUCAACUUUUAAAUUGUAUACUUCCUCCAAGGCACACUGGGCGUUUGGAGAAUGGUUCCUCACUGGUGUGGAGAGCCAGGUUUACUAUUGGUUGCACCAUCUGUUAUCAGGCUUGCAGACAUGUUUUUCUUCUGGAGAAACAGGGGAAAGUGUUGUUGCAGUGUACGUGUUUCUUCUGUGUCAUUUUUAAGGGAAAUAAACAUGUUCCAAAAGAUGCUAUUAAAAUAAAUAUUUGAACGACUUCUGUUUCUAGGUUGCUCUUAAUUCCAGACAUUUAGAUUGAUGUGCAUUUGAAUGGCUUUAAGUGGUUUAGUCUAUUAGCUGAAAUGGAAACAUCAAUAAUACUUAAUAAAAGUUUAUGUAUUUUUA